AUGCUUGUCACAAAWCUGGAAUACAUUUUUAUAUUAAAAUUACUUUUGUUUUGGGUUACUGUUACUUUAUGGGAUACACAAGCUACUACUUUUAAUGCUGAUGAAGGAGAUAUUAUGGCAAUACUAAGAGGAAAAAUUAUUGAUUACAACAAUGUCAAUAAAAUAAGGGUGUCUUCUGGAUCUUCUAAAAUCAUGAUUAAUCCAGAUUGGAAUGAAACCUCAGAUCUCCAAAGUUGGUACAACACAUUUGAUAAAAAAGAACUUUUAAAUUUAUCCCAAGUGUCAAUUGGUUCUCAAGAAUUAAAUAUGUUUGAAGUUCCUCAAAGUAAUAGAAAUAAAACUAUUAACGAACAUAUUUUGCAUCAAAACAAAAUCGAUGAUGAUUUUAUGUCUAAAAGAUUAUUGGAGUUGAAAGAUGAAAAACAAAAGAUCAAAACUGAAAGACUUGAUUUAAAUUUUAAGAGACAACGACUUUCAAUUGAAAGAGAAAGUAUUAAAAGUCGUUUGGGAAACUAA